UAAAUUCAAAGUGUGAAAGUGUUACAGUCAAAAUUGUAAUUGUAAGAUCCUAAUUGUACAUUGAUGAUAUUCAUGCCUUGGCCUUCUAGGUUAAAAAACAGUUCAACUGAAAUAUAACGGCCUUUUAGAUUAAUGUAAAAUCAAUGGUUAAUGGAAAUAGUAACCUUUAUACAUUGAAUUGACCAUUAAACUCUGGCAAAGUUCUCAUUCACAAUGGCUACUGCUAAUGGUAACCAUUCUAACAGGAAUAUUUUAGGAACUAACACAAGUAGCCUUGUUCCUGGUGUAGUUAAUUUGACCUGUUAUGGAGGUGCCUCUGCUGCUGUUGCUGCAGCUGCUGCUGGUGGUGGAAGUCACUCCUCUUCAUGGGGCUGUCAAAUGGAUGCUCUGGUAUCUGACCUCAGCCAUGCUCUGGAUGAGUCACAUACGUUGCAGCGUAAAAGACGACCCUUUCGGAGAAGAGCAAAUCAGUCCAAAGGCAAUGGCUGCUUCAGUGACUAUUCUUCAAGCAGUGCUGAAGAUGCUGUCCACACGGGUGGUGCCAACUCCCAAGACAACAAGUCUUCAAUGCAUCUCACUGACUCUGACGAGGGUGUUAACCGUUGCGCUCGAGUGCCGCGCUACCGCCCCGCGCGGACGCUGCGGCCGCCGCGAGCAGCAGCGGGCCUCGUUGAAAGCGACUCGGUCAAUGAGAACUUCUCGCCUGCCUCUCGCCCCUCGAACAUGAGGAGGAAGCCCAAGUGCAAGAGACUUGCCCUGGACGUGGCCGGCGACGCGGUGAACAGCAGCUCGUGUCGCAGCGCGCGCUGGCGCUCCUCACUCGUGGUGCACAGAGUGCACACCCUGCACACCCCCGCCAGAUGGUCUGCUCUGUGCGGAGGAAAGCGUAAACGAAGUCGUGAUGGCGCCUGUGGUGGUGAGGGGCGUGGAGAGGGCGACGACCUCGUGCUCUCCUCGUGGACGCCCUCGGUGUCCUUUGCGUCCUCGCGCUGCUGUAACGGCAGCAACGGGAGACUACGCAGCAGUGAGCUGGUAGGAGGGACCAGCACCAGCGGAGGUGGUGACUGCAGCAUCAGCAGCGACGAGAGUGACGGCGGGGAGCUGCCUGCUGAUGGCAAUGACGCUGUGCACUGCGAGGUCUUCACGUGUGACGAGGGCCGCGAGGCUGACGACGAGCAGAGCGACUGGGUCACCGAGGUGCCAGGUCCCGUGUACGGCGUCCCUUCUCCCUCCACUGCCAUGGCGUGCGACGAGGCGGGGUCUGGCGGCACGCUCUACAGCUCUCGUCUGCGCUUCCAGAAGAUCAGGGAGCGCAUACUGGUGAGUGGUACCUCGUGUGUCUCAUUCUAG